UGAAUUCCUCCCAAAAUGCUGUUGCUGCUUCUGCUGCAGAUCUCAGGGAGCUGCCUCUGGCUGGGACGCAGUGAAGUGGUGACCUCAUUUGAACAUUCAUGUCCUCAGUUUUUCUUCAAGGAAACCCCACCAAACAAAGCCCUGGAACCAAACAGUCCAGCCCGGAUUUGCCAACGUUACAAAAACAAGUAUUAUUUUGCUACUCUGUAUGACAGGGACAGACGUAUUCCUGUAUACUCUGCUUACCUGUACCAGCCUGGGUCUGGCAAGAGACCCAACACUUGGAUGGUUGAGCCCCAGCUGAUGGGUUCCGUUUAUCCCAGCGCAAUGGCAAGAGAAUGGACUCUCCAAAAUUAUUAUAAUGUCACCUUGGAGCAAAUCAGCAAGAGCCAGGCUGUCCUCGUGGACUACAAGAACCUGACGGGUUUGAAUCGCGGCCAUCUGAACCCCAGCGGCCAUCAGCCCGACAACAGCAGCAGGACGGCCACCUUCACCCUCACCAACAUAGUUCCCCAGAACGAAAAACUCAACAAUGGAGCCUGGAAAAACUACGAGCAGCAAAUGAUGAUCAAGGAGACAGGGGGAUGUGCCACCACCUACGUUGUCGUGGGUGCCGUGCCUGGGAACAACUAUAUUGCAGGCGGGCGGGUUAACAAACCCAGCUACCUCUGGUCUGGUGUCUGCUGUGAGUUGGACAGUGACGAGGAGCUCAAGGCCUGGGCUGUCAUCGCGGAGAAUGACAGGAACGACGUCCAGGUCAUGUCGCUGGGAGAGCUGGAGGAGACGUUGACCAAGCUCUAUGGAAGGGACCAGGUUUCUCUGUUUGACAGAGACUGUCCUCGAGACUAA